UCUUGUUUAUAUAUGGAGCAAUAGUAAAAUCCUGGUUCGACAGUGGAAGCAGAUAAAUAAUUUUGAAUCACUUCCACUUCGCCUACUAGCUAGCUAGCUAGUUGCACUAUUUCUCUUUUCUGCUUGCAGGCAUCUCACGUGAACAAGAAGACUGUAAUUAAUUACCUACUCUGAUUUGGAGGCCAUACGCUGGCUGCAGCUCCCCAAGAAGAAGAAGAAGAAACCCUUUCCUCUACGGGAUCAGAGGCAAGAAGGGUUGUUUGGCCUGGGCAGCAUUUCAAUCAGUUCGAAACUUCAGCGAGCUUAAAAAGAUGAAGAUGGUUGACGUCGGCGGAGUGAUUGCAUCCUUAUUCAUCAUGCUGAAAGAGGACAUCUAUGUCCUGAUCCGCAUUGAAAUCCUGGUGACACUGGUGACGGCGAUGUUCCUGGUGAUGUUCAUCAUGGACUUCUACCGGUGCCGGUCUCGUGGCUCCAUCAUCAUCACGGCCUUGAAGACCGUCGAUGGGCUGUCCGAUCAGAUAGUGGUGUAUCUCCUAGGGGUGAUGCAAUCUGCAGAAUUCGAUAACCAUCUCUUUGCGGUCUGGGCCGUGGUGCUGGUGAGCCUCCGUGCGAGCCUCGGCUACCUCUCCGGGUACGGCAUCCCAGACCGCGAGCGGCGGCUCACUGAGGUGGCAAACGUGGCAAAGUUCCUGGCGGUAGGAAUAUUGAAUGGGACACGCCGCUUGGAGUUCACCAAACCACUCUGGUCAUUGUGGGCCAUUCUGCUGCUAAGGAGCCUGUAUAAAUUUUUUGCCGGUCAGAAGGCUAUAUCAUCCUUGUGGCAUGGCCGGAGCUCGGAGUUCCUCCCUGAGUACAUGCGUGCCUUGCCCGACGACAGUGAAGAGAGCAGCACUGACAAUGGUCCUCAAAAGUACCUGAUUUACGGAGAGUACAGACAGAAGAUCGACUUGAAGAGGCCUGGGUAUACUCUGCAUCUUAAAACCAUCGAAGAGAAUUCGCUCAUCACACUGGACAAGGUGACAAAAUGCAAGGAGCAGCUGAUGAGAUCUGACAGCAGAUACAAGGAUAUGACCAUUGCCUUCACACUGUCCAGGCUGCUUCGCUGUAGGCUUGAAGACGUGACGCUGCACAGAGAGAAAGCUCUAACGACACAACACCUAAUCACUUCAGAGAUCACCGUUGGUGGGCUGGACAGCAACGCAGAGAGAGCAUUCAGAAUCCUGGAGCUGGAGCUUGCAUUCGUCCGAGACUACUUCUACACCCUUUACCCGAUGGUCUUCUGGCAAGGUCUUUUUUCUCUUUGUUUCAGCCUCCUCCUUUCCAUGGCGACCUUUUCUGUCGCGUUUUGGCUGGCCCUGGGCAUCCGCGAGGUCUACCAACCCCCUCAAGAAACACUUGUGCUCUGGGUGCGUGGAUGGAACGUGGAUGCUGUCAUCACAUGGGUGUUCUUGUUCUUCAUGAUGUUCAAGGAGGCCUGGGAGAUGGUCACAUACGUGCUAUCAAACUGGACAAGGUUACUCCUUGUGUGCAAGUACGUGCAGAAGAGCUCGCCUGAUGCUCUCAUGGAGAAUCUGACAAAAUCCAUUUUCAAGUCCAAAAUUGCCAACCCAUGGCACGGUUGCAUCGACCAGUAUGACUUCUUGGAGUCAUAUACUUACAAGCCAUCCUUUUGGAAGCUGGCAAAUGCCCUUUCCAUGGGUAAGGUUCCCAAGAAAACUGAUGGAAAAAAGUGUGGCAAAGCUAUCAAGAUCCCUCAAUGUGUAAAGCCAGCAAUCCUAAAUGCGCUCCUCCGCUUAGGCCUCAACAGCCCUCAGCUGCCCAAAGAAAUCCCAUAUCUGACGCAGAGUGGCUCACCAGUCGAUCAGUUCACACGGUACAGCUGGGCCUACCUUGAGCUGCAUACAUGCUCUCAGGUCAUUCUGGUGUGGCACAUAGCGACCAGCCUCUGUGAGAUCAAGCUUGCACAAGAUCAUGGAAUUGAUUUAACCAACCCUGGGUUCCUGCGGUCUGCCUGGUCGUAUCUGUUGUGCCGCUGCACUUCGCAGCCAUACCUUGUUGGCAAGAGCAGCAAUCUGCAUGAAUCACUGGAGACUAAUUACCAUGUCGCGAAAAGCUUGUCACAGUACUGUGCUUAUCUGCAGGUUUUUCAGCCUGGACUGUUGCCAGAUAGUUUUGUUGUGCCCGAGGUGAUCUUUGAGGAAACCGUGGGACAUGCCCGCGAACGACUCACAGAUUGUAACUUGAUACGAUGUAGGUAUAACAAACUCAUGGAAGCCGCAGAAAACUGUGUGGAUGAGAGGCUCAGUAUGAACAUAAUUCAGCAAGGUGCUACUCUAGGCAAGGAUCUCAUCAAAUACGAGGAUGAAGAAAGCCGUUGGAAGAUUCUAGCUGGAGUCUGGGCUGACUUACUUGUGCACAUCGCCCCCAGCUGGAAUGCAGCAGAUCACAAGAAUAGCCUCGAGGCUGGAGGCGAGUUCAUAACCCUCGUGUGGGCAUUGCUUUGGCACUGUGGCAUCGAGAAGAGCAGCUUGUGGGACAAGGGCGAAGCACCUGGAAGAAAUGCUCCAGUACCUCUGGAAAAUAAUAGUACUGGAACCAGCAACAGUCAACCCGAGGAGGGGCAACAAGUAUCUGAAAUCAAUGCUCAAGUGCUUCAGGGAAAUAAUACUGAAACCAGCAGCAUUCAGCCUGUGGAGGAGCAACCCGAUGAGGAUGUUACUGCUGAAACCGACAACAUCCAGCCCGUGGAGGUGCAACCCGAUGAGGAUGUUACAUCGAAUCAAACUCAAAGUGAGACUGAAGAAAUAUCUCCGAGCAACUCCACGAAUUAGCUUCGCCCCCCAUGCUAUGAACAAGAAGUGGCCAAUUCGUUGGAAAGACUCCUGGAGCAAGGGAAAGAAGCACCUUGAACAGGUACACUUCAUUGGUUCGAAGUGCAAACAAAGGACUAGCGGUUUGUAA